UUCAUAUUUACUAAGUAUGUUUUUAAAUAAUUACCAUUUUCAUUAAAAGAUUUUAUGCCCAUCUUUUUGUUACGUGUCCCAUUAGAAUUAGGCGAUUUAAUGGUUUGUUCUUUGGUGCAGUUGAACUUGAAACUUCCAUGUUUCCUCGACAAAGAAGAAAACUUCCAUGUUCCUAACCUCUGCGUCUUUAUUAUAUAAACAGUCCUAUAUAUAUGUUUGAUGUGGUUAGUGGUUUACCAAAGUCUCACUCUGUCUCUAAUUAAUCUGGCGACCUAUCGUGUCAUUUCACCAAUGCUACGCAACUCUCUUUUUUAUUUUAAACUAAACAACGAAAACGUGAUAACGACAGGAAAAUUGUUAUAGAAAUGACUUGUCUAUAAUAUACACACUCACAUAAUUCACGCAAUAUACAGUAUUACUAAAACAAACAAACCAUGGGCCACCAUGUUGGUCCGAAGACGGAAUAGCCCAUUUUGAUUAGUUUGUGCUUUGCAUGAUCCUCAGAUCGAUAUGUUACAGAUAUAUGUGUUAUGUUAUAAUAAGCCAACAUUAUGCAAGAAAAUCACAUCUUUACAGAUAAUCCAUCAUAUUCUAUCUUCCAGAUUUGAUUGCUUCUUCUUCUCCUAAUCUACUUGUUGCCUUGCGCUGUAAGUUUCUUUACAAUAAUAAAGAACUCUGUUUGUUUCCAUUAUUAGCAGCAUAAGUGUAGUAUUGGAUAACCAUUCUAUAAUGUGGACUACUAGUUUCUCUCUCUAAAGGAAAUGUUUCUACUUCUCUGUUUUUGUGUCCAAGUGUGAGUAAGAGCAAAUUAGCAUUACAUGACCUUUUAAUUUGUUACUAUAUAUCCCCAAAGAUUGACACAGAAGUUAAGAGAAAGAUGACAACGGAAUCACGAACCGUAACCUAACCCCUUUAAUGUAUUAUAUAUAUCAUCAUUUGUCCCAAAUAAUUCUUGUAAAAUAAAUGAGAAUGUGUAAAGAGUAUCUAAAGUUACUUAUCCUUCUACUUGGUUUGAUUCACCAUGUUUAUUCAGCCUCUAUCAUUAGGUAUCUUCCUGGUUUUGUAGGUCCUCUUCCUUUCGAGCUCGAAACCGGGUACAUUGGUGUUGGUGAGGCAGAGGAAGUUCAAUUAUUUUAUUACUUCAUCAAAUCUGAGAGGAAUCCGGAAGAAGACCCUCUUCUUCUCUGGUUAACUGGAGGACCUGGUUGCUCUUGUCUAUUUGGUCUUCUUUUUGAAAAUGGGCCUGUGACUAUCAAUAUUGAUGGUUACAAUGGAGGCAUCCCUUCCUUGGUCUCUACUCCAUAUUCAUGGACAAAGGUGGCCAACAUAAUAUAUUUAGAUCAGCCUGUUGGGACUGGCUUCUCCUACUCAACAACUCCACUAGUUGAUAUACCAAGUGACACAGGAGAAGCUAAGCGUGUCCAUGAGUUUCUUCAUAAGUGGCUAGGCAACCAUCCAGAUUUUGUGUCUAAUCCUUUCUUUGUCACUGGAAGUUCUUAUGCUGGUAAGGUUGUUCCUGCAAUUGUUCAAGAAAUCUCAGAAGGAAAUUAUAUAUGCUGCAAACCUCAGAUUAAUCUUCAGGGUUAUGUGCUAGGAAAUCCGGGAACAGACGUUGAUAUCGAUCCUAAUUACCGCGUUCCAUUUGCUCAUGGAAUGGCAUUAAUAUGUGAUGAACUCUACGAGGUAUGGCGUGCUUUUGUGCUUUUGGUAAUCACAAUAAAGUAUUUCAAAAACGUUUCUAUUUUCUUGAAGUCAUUGAAAAGAACAUGCGGAGAAAACUAUAUAAAUGUGGAUCCUCGUAACGCAGAAUGUUUAAAACUCACUACAAACUUCAAAAAGCUUAUUUCUGGAAUAAAUAUGGAAUCUAUAUUAUCACCAAGCUGCGAAUAUACAUCUCCUGAUUGCUAUGACUAUGGAUAUUCGCUAGCUUCGUACUGGGCCAAUGACAAGAGCGUUCGCAAAGUUCUUCAAGUGAAGAAUGAGAGUAUAACAAAAUGGGCACUAUGUUACCGUGAUAUACCUUACAAGAAGGACAUUAUAAGCAGUGUCCCAUACCAUAUAAAUAACAGUAUAAAUGGUUACUCAUCUCUAAUCUACAGCGGUGAUCAUGAUAUGGGAAUACCUUUUCUUGGAACUCAAGCAUGGAUAAGAUCUCUCAAUUAUUCCAUUAUUGACGAUUGGAGACCAUGGAUGAUAAACAAUCAAGUUGCUGGAUACACUAUAACUUAUGCUAAUAAGAUGACAUUUGCCACUAUUAAAGCAAGUCUUUUUGUUAUUCUACUUAACAUUUUCUAUUAUAAAUUAAAAAGUAAAGGGUUUCAUUUUUAAUUAAUUGUAUUACGUACCUAAUUGUUUCAUGUAUUGAUUUUAGGGAGGUGGACACACUCUAGACUUUAAACCAAUGGAGGGCUUUAUAAUGUUCCAGAGGUGGAUAAGUGGCCAACUUAUGUGACAUUGUGACCGUCUUUGCCUUUCUACGUUUAUACGGAAACUUUGUCUUCAACAAAGUCAUCUAAAUAAAUUCCUAAAUUUGCCUCGCAAAGUUUGGAACAAUUACAUUUCACAUAUUUUUAACAAUUAAAAGCAAGCAUAUAUAAUUUGUAUACGAAAUAGUGUUCAUACAUCGAUGUUGCGGACUAUUUUAGCUAAGUUGGGUGGUUGUUGGAAGUUGGAGGUAAUUAAUUAAAUAAUGAAAGAAGAAGAGAAGAAGAUACAUGCAUCCGU